AUGCCUACAUUCAGCUCGCUGCCGCAGUGCUUCCGCAGCUGUGCUGCAAAAACAUUUAGUUGCAAAGAUUCCGACGUCAAUUGCAUCUGCAGAAACUACCUCAAUGGCGGCGACAUCAUGCUAGCCUUUGGCUGCCUCUUGACAGCUGGUGGCGAUAGCUGCAACCCUACCGACGUCGUUUCUGCGACCACUGACCUGGAUAGUAUUUGCCGCGCGUCGGGUAUUAAGCCUACCACAACGGCAAACGAUGGCUCGUCAAAUACACUGCCCACCAACCUCUCGGUUCCUGGAACAACAGGCCGUGGGGGAUCGGCACCGACUCCAACAGACGACACUUCGUCCUCCGGUAGCUCUGGAAGCAAUGGUAACUCUGGCAGUUCUACGUCAUCACACUCUGGCGGCCUGCCUACCGCUGCCAUUGCAGGUAUCGGUGCCGGUGCAGGCGUCAUUCUCAUUCUCAUUGCCGUCAUCAUUUUCCUCAUCUGCCGCCGCAGGAGAAAGGUUCCACAACUCGUCCAGACACAGACAGAGGCCCUGCUACCACCUUCUCAGCCGUCUACAGCACACCAACCACCGUCGCCGCUGUCAUCGCCCUCGCCAGCCAUGCAACAGAAGUACGCUGCUCCUGGUACGGUAUCGUCCGUGUCUCCCCUUACCAGCGCAGCAUCCCCUAGCCCAUAUGUGGACCAGAGACAUGUGGCAACACCGCCUGUGGGCUAUUCCCCUACACCACCACCCACGAUGCAGAAACAGUAUGAACCCGCGGUACUGGUGCAUGAAAUGGGUGCAAGCACAUAUUCAGCAGCAAAUACCACCGCCGAGCCUAUAUAUGAGAUGCCAGCUGGCGAUGCGCGCCCGGUAGGGUCUAGUCACGGCGAGCUUCCAAACAAUGAGGUCAGUGUUGCAAAGGCAACUUGA